UUCUUCUCUUAUCUUCUUUCUUAUUCCCAACUCUUUCCAUCUCUUUCUUUCCUUUCACCUCCUUUCUGAGAGUUUUAGUUCUUUGCACUCCUGUUUCCUCGUCUUGGUCUUCAGCCUUCGUUCAUCAAUUGAUUGUUAGGAGGACUUGGCUUUUAGAGGUGCAACCAUGGGAGAGGUCCCAGUACUGGCCGAGGAGGAAUGCAUGGACUUGCCCCCUGGCUUUAGAUUUCACCCCACAGAUGAAGAGAUAAUAACCUACUACCUCUCGGAGAAGGUUGUGAAUCCUAGCUUCACUGCAAGAGCUAUGGGAGAGGUGGAUUUGAACAAGUGUGAACCGUGGGAUCUUCCAAGCAAGGCUAAGAUGGGAGAGAAGGAAUGGUACUUCUUCUGUCAGAAGGGAAAGAAGUACCCUACAGGCGUGAGGAUAAAUAGGGCCACAGAAUCUGGGUAUUGGAAGGCCACAGGAAAGGAUAAGGAGAUUUAUAGGGGCAAAGGGAUCCUUGUGGGGAUGAAGAAGACCCUGGUCUUCUACAAGGGAAGAGCUCCCAAAGGAGAGAAGACCAACUGGGUCAUGCAUGAAUUCAGACUUGAAGGCAGAACCCAAUUUUAUAAUCACCAUAGAACUCCAAAGGACGGAUGGGUUGUGUGCAGGGUUUUUCAUAAGAGCACAGGAAUCAAGAGAAGCCCAAUCUCAGAGCUUGCGAGGAUGAACUCAUCUGGAGAUGAUACUAUGGAGACUCUCAUGGAUCCUUCCUAUUUCAAUUCUGACAACACGCCUAGUUCGAGCUUUAUUGAUGGUGGAGAUGGUGGCAGUACUGUUAGAGGGAUUUCUAUGACCUCGAUGCCUUCCAACUUCUCCACCAUGUUGGGCUUAGAGGAUCCACAAUACAAAAGUCCCAUGGCUAACAUCUUCCCUAGUAUCAACAACCAAGAGAGAACAUCAAUGCUCUUCCAACAAAUCCCUGCUCAAAAUCCUUAUUUCUUACUUCCGGGGUCGGCCAACUUGAGCUAUUUGCAGCAGGAGCAAGCAAUUGCGAAAGCUCUAUCUAAUGGCCUCAAGGGUACUUGCAAGUUGGAGCAGUUCUCCAAUUCAAUGGCCUCACAGGACACAGGAUUGAGCAAUGAUCGGAACACCGAAUCAUCCUCGGCCAUAUCAAAGCAUGAGAUGAGCAGCUACCGGUCCUACAAUGAGCUUGAUGGUGGGUUUGCUGCUGGACCAGUUCUAGAUUUGGACAAUCUGUGGAAGUACUGAAUGUUCUAGAUUUUGGACCAGUUCAUUUAUUUGACAGUACUAGUUGAAUCUUGCUUCAUCGAGUUGUUGAAUCUUGCUUCAUCGAGUUCUUUCCGAGACCACUUGUAUAUUUUCACAAAAGAGCUUGUCUUUCAGAUAUUCUUACUGUCUAUAGACUUCAGAUUGCGUAGUGAUUAUAUCACACUUCAUAUGUGUCUAAUGGUUGAAUAUAAGUGACAUAUGUUGUUUUGAUUU